AUGUGUGUCCACUUUACUCGAAGGCUUGCCACCUUGUUCAUUGCAAAUAUUUCCCAACUUCCACAGAUCCACUUGGCUUUAAAUUUCGUUGGGGCCGUUCUCUGCAAAACACCCACACGUAUGAUGUUUAAGAAUAGCCCUCUCCGUAUGUUCCAACAGGAUUACACAACUUUCAGUAACCCAAAUUCCAAUGUCCGUGCAUCUGUCCUCUUAAAUAAAAGAAUAUCUCCACAAGGGGGCCACGUCACAACCAACAUGGCACUGAUAAAAAGGCUGAAUAAAAUUAGUGAAAUAGACCUAUAGGGAUCUGACAGUGCUGUGACCUGCAUGCACCAAAAAUGGUUUGUGGGGGUUUUGGGGUUAGGCUUCAGUAGGAAACAAAUGCAUGCACUUUGCCUGUGCUUCAGUUAAACAAACCUUCUUCAUUUGGGUUUUUUGAGUCGGUAUUGGAAAUGGAUUUUAGCAGUGACUAUCUUGGAGAAAUAGCAAAUGUGGCUCAGAUAACAGGCCUGGACUAUGCUAAAUUGAUAGCACUUAUUGUCAAGGCAGCAAACAAUGCACGCAUGCAUAAGAAAAACUGCAGGCGAUUUGCUAAUCAUCUAAAGCUUAUUGGGAACCUGUUGGCGCAGCUGAGGGUCUCUGACCUCAAGGAGUGGCCUGAGACAAGGGAGCCAUUAGAACUGUUUGAGGAUGCUCUCAGGCGAGCCUAUGUGCUUGUCAACAGUUGCCAGGAUAAGAGCUAUUUGUAUUUGCUUGCAGUUGGCUGGACUAUUGUUUCUCAGUUCAGACAGUCUCAGGAAGAGAUUGAUGCAUAUCUCAAGCUCAUUCCUCUCAUUCAACUUGUUGAUAAUAAGAGAGUGCGAGAAAAACUGCAAGCAAUCGAGAAGGACAAGCAAGAGUAUACGCUAGAGGAAGAAGAGAAGAAAAUGCAUGAGACACUUUUGAAGUCUGAAUGCACUUUGUCUGAUUCUUUUGUGUUGAGGGAGUCUCUGUCUCGCAGGUACCCAGACUUGGCAUUUGAAGAGGCUCUUCAGACUGAAAACGAGAAACUCCAGGAGGAACUGCAACGGGUGGUAUCAUGUCAUAAGACUGAAGAAUGUGAUGUUAUUAAGCAUUUAAUUGAUGUCACAGAGACUGCUGCUACUGUUCCAUCCGAGAAUGAAGAAGUUGAGUCCAAAAGAUAUUAUCAGCACUCUUUAUCUCAUAAUAGUCACCAGUCUGAAGAGGGUGGAGGUAAUGGAAGUCCAGAUGCUAAGAUUAGGAAGUCACAGAAGGGUCAAAAGUGUGCUGUCAUGUAAGCUACCUUUUGGUGAUAUCGCUUGAAUGCCAAAAGUGAAAUAGCUUAGAGAUUGAAUGCAGAAGCCAUUUGUAAAUAGAAGUAAACUCUUGGAAAUGCCUUUUCUUGGAGCACAUCUUACAAGCAUAUUUAAUUGGCUCUGAACUUGUAAAUCAUCACAUUAGAAUCCAUACAAUUUUUUUUUCAGGAUAAAAACUGGUUAUAGCCACAAGGUUUUCGUACAGAAUGCCAUAGAUAUUCUUAAUAGAAUUCAGCUUAGUAUGAUAGGAAUAGAAGCAGAUUCAGCAUUAAAAUUCUGAAUCAUACAUUGUUGUGCAUGAUGUCCGAGCAUUGUUCAAAGUUUCAUUAGUCAGAUUGUCCUGCAAUAUACUUCAAAUCAUAAAAAGAAACAAUGACACUUUUGCUUUUAA